AUGGCUAAGGAUCGCUAUGAGAGCAUAAACGAAGCAUUGGAUAUACCUAGCUUUCAUGAAUACCUUGAGGUCCAACUGGCGCAUCUUCCGAAAUUGAGGGAUGUGGAGCAGUUAAGUCCUCGUGUUAUUCGCGUGCUGGGACAAAACCCCGGAAAGUUCUCACUUCAAGGCACCAAUACCUAUAUUGUUGGGACUGGAAGCACACGCAUCAUCAUCGACACGGGGCAGGGCUACAAAGAAUGGAUAGAGCUAAUCAAGAACACCCUUAAGAGAUAUUCCAUAAGUCUGUCACAUGUCCUGCUCACUCAUUGGCAUGGUGACCAUACGGGUGGCGUACCUGAUCUCAUAAAUCAAUAUCCAGGUCUUGUUGACUCUGUGUUCAAGCACAGUCCUACAGCCGAGCAAAGGCCAAUUCAUGAUGGAGAAAGGUUCCAUGUCAAAGGUGCUACAAUUAGAGCACUACACGGUGAAGGUCACUCCUUCGAUCAUAUGUGCUUCAUACUAGAGGAGGAGAACUCCAUGUUCACGGGUGACAACAUCCUUGGACAUGGUACAACUGCCGUCGAACACCUUGGACUCUACAUGCAGACUUUGGAGAAGAUGAAGGCCCAAGGAUGUUUUCAGGCCUACCCCGCGCACGGUGAUAUCGUGAAAGAUCUGGACACGAAGAUCAAAGGCGAGAUAAAUGUCAAGACUGGGAGAGAAGAUGUCUGCUUGAGGGCCCUAGGGAACAUUAAAUCCGAAGCUAUCAGAUCAGGCCGCUUUUCAGGAGCAACAGUGAGUGAGAUUGUCACUAGGAUGCAUGGGAAAGAUGUUGAGGAAGGGUUGAGAAACAAAGUGUUGGAACCCUUCGUGGCUGAAGUUCUUAAGAAGCUGGCAGAGGAUGGUAGAGUCAUAUUUCAUGUUAGAGGGGGAGUGCGGCGAUGGAUUCUAAUAGAAGGGCUGAGAGAGUUAUAG